GCACAGGGCAAGAGACACUUGGCUCCCGGUCAGUCUGGAGCCCAAGUCAGAUUAGACCCUCCUGAGUCUCAGCAGAAGAGACCCUUCCUCUGCCCGGCAGCCCCAAGAGACUCAAGAGAAGCCACCAUGGCAGGAUCCCUUCUCCCCGCUAUGCUGAUCCUACUACUGUCCUUAGCCCUGAGAUCUGCUGGACAAGAAGAUGAAUGUAACAGGAACGGGGACAAGAUUAUUGAAGGACACGCAUGUCCAAAAGGCUCCCAGCCCUGGCAGGUGGCCCUGCUCAGGGGCCAUCAGCUCCACUGUGGAGGCGUGCUGCUCAACGAGCUGUGGGUGCUCACGGCCGCCCACUGCAUGAUGAAUGAGUACAACGUGCACAUGGGCAGUGAACGGUUGGGUGAUCGGUCAGCCCAGAAGAUCAGGGCCACAAGGUCAUUCCGCCAUCCCAGCUACUCCACUCAGACCCAUGUGAAUGACAUCAUGCUUGUGAAGUUAAAUAGCAGGGCAAGACUGUCAGCAACUGUGAAGAAAGUCAACCUGCCCUCCAGCUGUGCACCCCCUGGGACCACAUGUACCGUUUCUGGCUGGGGCACCACCACCAGCCCUGAUGUGACCUUUCCAUCGGAGCUCAUGUGCACCGAUGUCAAGCUCAUCUCCUCCGAGGACUGCAAGAAGGUUUAUAAGGACCUGCUGGGCAAUUCUAUGCUGUGUGCUGGCAUUCCCGACUCCAAGACCAACGCUUGCAAUGGUGACUCAGGGGGACCACUGAUGUGCAAAGGGACCCUGCAAGGCCUGGUGUCCUGGGGAACUUUCCCCUGCGGCCAACCCAAUGACCCAGGUGUCUACACCCAAGUCUGCAAGUAUGUCAAUUGGAUAAAGGAGACCAUGAGAAAGCAUCACUAAUCUCUCCACACUCGAAUCUCUCCACCUCUACACCCUGAACAAGAAAUUCACAGAAAUAAGGGCGUUGAUGACCUACAGUCAUAUCUGACGUUGCCUCUCCUCAAAGACAUAUUAGAACCUCAACAGUAUCCCAAUUAAAUUAGCAAGGACAUAAAACCAGAACAAGAAACACAAAGACCUCAGCGCUGGUUAAGAUGCUCUAAGACCAGCAGCCUCCACCACCGGAAUUGGAAAUCAUACAACUUCUGUGGUAGGCCGCUUGGCAGGGUGAAUCGAAACCUUUGUUCACCACCUUUGACCCAGUAAUUCUCGUUCUAGGAAGAUAUUACAGCUAACAAAACAAAACAAAAACAAAGUGUGGAGCAUGGUUUGAAUUCAUUGCAACAUUGUUUAUCAUAGCAAAACAGUGGAAACACUGAACAUGGCCCAAGUGAGUGAAUUCAGUCAACAACAGGACAGUGGCGCAGGGAGGGAUAUGAUGAGUCUGUUAAGGAUAAUAAUUAUGCAGAAUUGUUAGUGUUGUGCAAGAAUAUUUAUACUCUGUGAUGCAAAACGAACAAAGGAAGAUGCAAAGAUCUGUAUGUACGUGACCCUUGCCAUGUAAAAUGAAAUAUUCACAGAAUAAAAUCUGAAGUCAUGGGCCAAGUUGCA